CAGCGUAGACGAUCUUUGUGUUGAACACGAAAGGGAAAGGAAACGGCGACUUCUCCAUUCCUAAAUCAUCUCUCUCAUUUUAAGGAGUAAUGAAUGUCUGCUCAGUCGGAAGCUGUGACACCUUCCUUUCUUGGAUUUAGGAUCUUUCAGUCGAUAGUUCUCCUUCCGUAGAAACUGUCGCUGACCGUGGGGGAUUUGCCUCCCGUCAAAUUGUGGGCGCCAGAUUUAUCGAGCACGACUGCACUAAGUUGGUAGGCAAGCUAGCUAGCAACUAGCCGCGUAGCUAACCCUCGGCUAGCUUACCUGCUAACUAGCUCGCAGUGCUAGUCACAGAGGCAAAAUUGUGGGCAAAUAUAUGGGAUUGUCGGCUGGUCUUUGCACUGUGACUGCUAUUUAACACGUCUAAGGGUUUGAGGACUGUUUUUUGACAAACUUUUGUGCCGGUUAUUUAAACCUAGCGUGCUCGAUAUAGCCUGCUAGCUAAUAACCUGCGCAUUUAGCCUGGAACGAAGUGAAGGCCUCAGUCCAACCCCGCCGUCAGCUGCCUCCACCGCCAGAGUCUUUGCCGAGCAGUGAGAGUUGACAGCUUCCUUGGUGACACAGAGACUUCUCCCUGAGGAGCCAAGAAGCAGACGGCUCAUGACUUCUGACCAGGACGCAAAAGUUGUAGCUGAACCACAGGUGCAGCAAGUACAAGAGGCUAAAGAGAACUCUCAUUUGGAAUCCGCCAAGGUUUCGGACCUCAACCCCAAUGCGAAAGCAUGGGCCAACCACAUGUUUAGCCUGGACCCCAGCGGCAGUGCUGACAACUCCACUGCGGCCUUGCAGCCAUGGAAGGAAGGGUGUGAGAGUUCAGCCAACCCCGGCCCACAAGGCUAUGAAGCCAAUGAAGAUGAGGCUUUCAAGGAGCCCCUACUAAAUGACCCUGAUGACCCUCCACCGACACAAGUGAUGUUGGCCCAGCCUCCCCCAUCGGCGCCCAUCACCCUGGAGCAUUCUGAGGCGCCCUACCCAGAAUUUCCGGAGUCGGGGCAGCCUGCACCAACAGUCAGUGAUCCCCAGCCAGAGAAUCCUCAGGAGGGAUUGAGGGAACACUUAAAGAAGACAUUGGAAUUCUGUCUUUCCAGGGAGAAUCUAGCCAGUGACAUUUACCUCAUCUCCCAAAUGGACAGUGACCAGUAUGUGCCAAUCGUGACGGUGGCCAACCUGGAUCACAUCAAAAAACUCAGCACUGACGUGGAGCUGAUUGUGGAUAUUCUUCGCUCUCUUCCAUUGGUCCAGGUGGAUGAGAAAGGGGAGAAGGUGCGACCCAAUCAGAACCGCUGCAUAGUGAUUCUCAGAGAGGUUCCCGAGAGCACGCCCAUUGAGGAGGUGGAAGCUCUUUUUAAGGGAGACAGCCUCCCCAAGUUCAUCAACUGUGAAUUUGCCUACAACGACAACUGGUUCAUCACCUUCGAGUCAGAAGCAGAUGCACAACAGGCAUAUCAGUAUCUCCGUGAGGAGGUGAAGACCUUUCAAGGGAAGCCUAUCAAGGCAAGGAUAAAAGCGAAGGCAAUCGCUAUCAACACUUUCAUGCCAAAGAAUGGUUACCGACCAGUGGAGGUGAACCCAUACGCUCAGCAACGCUACACGUCCUACUACAUCCCACCCGUCUACAGCCCCCAGCAGCAGUUCCCUCUGUACAGCCUCAUCACGCCACAAGCCUGGUCGACCACACCCAGUUUCAUCGACCCCACACUGGUUGCACCGUUUCACAACAGCCAGUUUAUCAAUGGAUUUACACCAUCAGCCGGCUUUAAGCCACCAACUACCCCCAUCGCUGUCAGACACCACUCACCCAGGACCAGAAAUCACAGUAAACCUCAUCUGAGGCCAGCCGUCCCCACAGCGGACCGUACCGGGCUCCUGGACAGCCCAAGCCUCUUUCCCAGCUUCCCCAACGAUAGGCUGAACGGUGUCCGCAGCAGCCCGCCUACACGCUUCCCUGCCAGCCAGCCCAGAACCAGGUUACCUUCCACCACCACCUUUCCCCGCAGGGAGACUGUGGGCACGGGCCGGGUGUCCGAGUUCAACACCAUAGACUACUCCUCACUGGGAAUGGGCAGAGGAAGGAAAAAGAGGGAUGAAAAGUUUACACGACUGACGCCUCAAUCGCCGCCGCCGCCGCCUCCACCCAAACCUCCAUCGCCGAGCUUCGAGUUGGGUCUGUCCAGCUUUCCGCCUUUGCCUGGAGCAGCCGGUCAGCUGAAGACAGAGGACAUUUUUGACCACCGACUGGCCAGCAGUGUUGUCAUCCCACCUGCCAAGGACCGAAAUGUGAGCAUUGACUCCAGUCCUGGAGGAACCCCCUCUCUACUUGGGCCCAAAGAACCUCUUCCGCCCCCAUCGUCCUCUUCCUCCUCGACUUGCCCGGCCACUUCUUGUUCCUCUUCUCUCAUGCCCACAAGCUACGUACCCUCACAGACCACGCCCACCCCCACUCCAGCCUCGACCUGGACCCCAGCGGCUUGCCCUCCACCGCCUCCCUCCAUCCCAGCAGCAGAAGUGAGGAUGACUGAGUUGAAGAUAAAGGAGGUUCAGCUGUCCGUGGAGCGUGUUCCCGGUACUCUGUCCACCGCCAGCAAGUCUGUGCAAGUCAACGGUGCUGCUACGGAGCAGAGGAAGCCUUCUUACGCCGAGAUCUGCCAACGAGCAAAGGAGACGGCCACAUUGACGCAGCCCCCGAAUCCCAAGGAAGCGAAGCCAGCAGGCGCUGCCCCCGCAGGCGAGGAGAGGAAGUGCCCUGACACCUCUGCCCCAGUAGGGGAGGCCAAGGCUAGAGAGACAUACCCCCCACCUUGCUCUAAACCUGGCUCAGCGGCAGUCGCCCCAGGGAGACCCCCACGGGAGACCCGGAGGUCAGCUGGGCGCUGGGCCUCCCCACCCCCACACCCAGGGAAAACCCCCAGCAAAGAUUUCCAUCAUACCCCCCCAAAGUCCCCACUGUAGGGUGAAUCCCCAACACUCUAAAGCGCCACACAAGCAUUUCUGGAUCAGGGCUUUCAGACAAAAAGCACUUUACUGUGCAUGUAAAGCACCAUCUCAUUCUUUUUAUUCUAUUUAUUUACUUUUUCUUUAGUUUUUCUUUUUAAACAUGACUUUUAGUUCUGCUUGGCCUCUUAAGUAUUGCAUAAUUGACUCCAACAGCUCUGUGUGAUGGCUAGGCUCUCAUAGCAGCAGUGGGGGGCUGCUAGAAGCGCUGGUGGAUGCUGGGAAGGGAAAACAGACUCCACUUUGCUUGGGAGCAAUGGUGCUUGUCUUGUUGGUGUGAUGACGAUAUGCGGUUAUGUCCAUAUGGAAGAUGGAAAAACUAAAUGGCAUCGUUGUGAGACUCCUGGUCACUCUUUGUUGAGAUUUUGUAAGCUCGGAGUGGUGCGCUUCUCUCUGCUGUUUUUUUCUGUUAGCAUGGUUAACACUGUUCAUGACAUGAGCUCAGUUGGAACACAAAAAUACUUCAAGUGUCACCCCUAACAUUUUAGUGUGGAAUGAAGGUAACCAGCAGAGACCAUUUGAGGUGACAAAGUAUGUGAAGAAGAACGGACAGACGGGUGACGAUCUACCACUUGUGGACAGGGCUAGAUGUGUGUCACAAAGGUCAAUUUUCCACUUGGGAAGAGAAUGAGUGGCAGGAGCAGUCAAGACGAAGUGAGGGUCAUGUGAUGUUUGUUUGUUUUGUGAGCCAAUAUGCACCUUUCUUUUCUUUUCUUUUUUCCCCACCGUUGCUGACCAGAUUUAGUCAUUCCUUUUGGUUGUGUGGUGUAGAGGCUGUGCUUAGGGUUUUUUUUUGUUUUUUUUUUUACGAGGGAGAGCAAAUUGAAGAAUGCCAUUAAAUGCUGAGUUGGUGUUUUCGGAAAGUAGCACUGCAGUUGCGAGAAGGAAAGAGCGCCCCCUAAAGGUCGCAAUGACGUGACGAUGAGCAGAAACCCUAACCAACAAACUGAGUGGAUUCACAUUGUGCAUGCAAGGAGGUUUGCGGGCGGAGCUUGUGAGGUGGGCGGGCAGGAUGGAAGCCGAGUACUCUGGAGUGUAGCAGCCUCUUUGGCACACAUCACACGUUUCUAGCAUUAGCUUCUAGCUAUUGCUAAUGUACAUAAGAAAAACAUCCAGCCACUUUCCCUCCCUUAUGUUGUAGGUCAUCCUCUCCCACCCCACUCAAAGAAAAACCACUGUAAUGAUGAAACACCAGGCAGGACGCCACUCGUCCCGCCAAAGUCUUCCAAUCGUGUGAAGCAUUGUGGGUAAUUCUGCUGACAGAAGACGAGGGAGACGCUUUGAUUAGGAUUGUUUUUCUUCUUUGAAGGACUGACAUGCACUUGGAUGGCUCGAUUCUUUGUUUUUUGGCUUAUUUAUGAAGCAGUGCAGUUUAUUCCGCGUUUUCUUUUUAGCCAGACGGAAAGGUCUUCACAAACAUAAACACAUGUAAAAGAGUUCCAUCCAGUGUUUGAGAAACUUGAAUUUUAUUUAAACUUGAAAAAUGACUUUGCCUUAACUUUUAUACACAACGAGCAUAGAGUUUAUUCCCCCACCCUCGACAUGCAAAGAAAGAUGAUUUAGCGACGUCACCAGUCUUACGGAACCAGAGUACAAAAAAAUACUAAUCUAUUAGCGUUUUUCUUUACUUUGUCCCUUUUUGUAUAAAGUAGAAGAAAAAAAAAAGAAUAGUUUGGAUGGUUCUUUUGGUUUAGGGGCGAAAGUGAAACCUUGUAAAUGCAAAAGGAGUCAAAACUGUAUUAAAUAUAUGCACUUUGAGGUGUGUGCUUUGCUUGUACAGUUGUAAAUACUCAGAAAAAUAUAAGAGGUACCUUCAAAUGACAAUUAUAAAAAAAAAAUCUAUUGAUCUUGUUGAGCUAUUAAUGUCACUAUGGAGCUGGAUGUAGAAUUUAAAAAAAAAAAAAAAAGACUUCAUGUUGUAUUUUUCUUUCUUUUCUAAUUUGAGUUUGUGUGUGGACUAUGAUGAACCCUCUGUAUGUUUUAGUUGAAUUGUUUCAUUCCAUCUGUUGUCCAUGUAAUGUCCACUCUGCCCGCCAUUGUCCUGGUCAACACGUCGGCUUCUUUGUUUACAUGAGGACAACACGUCUUUAUCGCUUCUCUGUCCACGUGAGAGACCUUUCAUUUGGCCACUGACGCUCUCAUAUGACUAGCGGCCAAAAGCAUCCCCAACUGCUUCAUUUGUUCUUGGAGUGUGAGAGAAGACAAGUAGGAAUAUGCUUAGCUUGGCAUGAAGACAAGAAACUUGAUGUCCAGUAGAAGCUAAGCUUUUGUCUCUUUAUCAACUUACCAGCUUCAGCUGCUUCGCAGGAGGUCAAAGGUCAAAAGACAAACCCUUUCCAGCCUUGAUGCUCAGCUAAGCUAAUGUCUUCAUAGCGCGUGCAUGUUCAAAUGUGUUUAGGCCCUAAAAAGUCUCAUCUGUGACAUGUUUUGGUGGUCUUGGGUCAUGUGACCCCUAAAGCACAUUUGAAGCACAGACAAACGCGUUUAUGGAAUCUAUUUUCUCUCUCGCCUCCCCGUGUGUCCAUUUCACCUCAUUGUCCGUUUGCUCUCAGUGGACAGGAAGUGGACUCGUGGACUCCCGGUGUAGGUUUCAAAAGCGUUUGAUCACAAGCGGGCGCUCCAGUUGUUGUCCAGCAGAUGUCACGUGUACAUAGCCUUUGCUUCACCUGCAGUGGCGAGAACUGUUGAUUGACGCAUUGUCACCUGACCUGGAUGGGACUGGAACUUUUGUGCCUGAACUGUGAAUGUGUACAUGCGGGGACUAACGGAAGCACCCUGCCACAAAGAUGGCCGCCACCGUCUCUUCUGGCCAACGAGGAUGCCCCCUCGUGACCACGGUCAUUACUCAUAUCGCCCCCUAUUGGCCCGUCUGGACAGUGCCAUUGUCCCCUCACGCGAACUUUUGUAAAGCAAAAACCCGAGGAUGCACAAGGACUUACUGGAACAAGACUCGGUUCUAUCUACUCACUGUGGUUUAACCCAUUAGCGCUAACAUACACGCAACGCUAACAGCUGUGGACAAUCGUCGACUCUGCGUCAGGGCUGCCUAACGCCAAUGUGGAACUCUUUGGCUUUUUUGUUACCAUUGACGUUUUUCUUCCAUUGGAGACUGGAGUCAAGCGUACGUGUCAUCUAUAGAUAAUUUAAGUUACUCUUGUGUCAUGAUGUUCAGCUGUCUCAUUUGGAGGAAAAAACAUGUAGCUUACUGAAAAAAUAAACAUUUAGGCACUGUUGAGGAGACAAGUGUGUU